AUGGUUACAAAACGAACAUGUGGUUUACCUUUAAUCUGUCUUGUAUGUGGUGAUGUUGCACGUGGAAUUAAUUAUGAUGUUAUGACAUGUAUGUCUUGUAAAAUAUUUUUUCGACGACAUGUUGUAAAUUCAAAGAUUAAAUUUCAAUGUCAAUUUAAUAAUAAGUGUAAAAUAACACAAAGAACAAGAAAUAUUUGUUCACCUUGUCGUUUAAAAAAAUGUCUUACACUUGGUAUGAAUCCAAAAUUAAUACGUCAGUGGUCUUAUAAAAAAUUGAGAUUAAAACAUGAUCAACUUUUGAAAAAUAAAAAUGAAUGUCAAUUAUCAAAGCCUUUACCAAUUAGUCUACUUAAUAAUGAACGUUCAACUCUUACAAAAGAUGAAUGGAAUCUUCUUUCAAAUGUUAUUCAUGCUUAUGAUGAAGCAAAUAUAAUUCCACAAAUGAAAUAUCAUCUUGAACAACAAUCAUCAUUACCACCAAAAUUACGAUUAAAACCAUCAAAAUCAAUUCUUAUUUUUAAAGUUUUCUUUUCUACACUUCAAUUAUUUAUUGAACGUUCACCAUAUUUUCAUGAUUUAUCAAUUCAUACACGUCAAAUACUUAUUCAAAAUAAUUUUGAAACAGCUGGUGCAUUAAAUUCUAUUUUUCUUAUACGUGAAUUAAAAGCAUUAGAUAAUAUGGUAUUUAUAACAAAUUGUACUACAAUUUAUGGAGAUAAAAUUAUUAAACAUUCUGAUCAUUUAACUGCACGAUUAGAACCAAAUGGAAUACUUGUUAAAAUAAUGAUUUUAAUUUUAGCAUUUUCAACAAAUUGUUCAAUUGUUAUUCCUCAUUAUUCAGAUAAUAUAAUGAGUUUACCAAGUGCAUUAUCUAUAUUUAAAAUACAAAGUAUAUUUGUUACAAUGUUUUGGAAAUAUUUAACUUAUCAAUAUGGAUUUAAUGGAGCUGUACGAUGUUUUAAUUGUUUGAUAAAAUAUAUUCUUGAUAUUCUUCAUAGUGCAAAUGAAAAUAGAAAUAUACAACAUGAACAAAUGAUGAAGAAACUUGUUGAAGAAACAAAAAAUUUAUUAAAAAAUGAAAAUUAA